AUGAAUGUUGAUCCAUGCCCUCAACUAGCCAGAGUUCCUCAGCUAGUCAGAGUUCCUCAGCUAGCUAGAGUUCCUCAACUAGCCAGAGUUCCUCAACUAGCCAGAGUUCCUCAGCUAGCUAGAGUUCCUCAACUAGCCAGAGUUCCUCAACUAGCCAGAGUUCCUCAGCUAGCUAGAGUUCCUCAACUAGUCAGAGUUCCUCAUCUAGCCAGAGUUCCUCAACUAGCCAGAGUUCCUCAACUAGCCAGAGUUCCUCAACUAGCCAGAGUUCCUCAACUAGCCAGAGUUCCUCAACUAGCCAGAGUUCCUCAACUAGCCAGAGUUCCUCAACUAGCCAGAGUUCCUCAACUAGCCAGAGUUCCUCAACUAGCCAGAGUUCCUCAACUAGCCAGAGUUCCUCAUCUAGCCAGAGUUCCUCAACUAGCCAGAGUUCCUCAUCUAGCCAGAGUUCCUCAACUAGCCAGAGUUCCUCAACUAGUCAGAGUUCCUCAAGGUUGUGACUACGUGAAUACACUGGCGUGGUUCUCGGCUAAAGGAAGAAACAAAAAUAGUGAGGGUCAGUCCUUAGCGCUCACUGUACACGAGUAG